AUGGAUUUCCAUUAUGACAUUGAUUUUAUUUUUCCAAAUGAUGAGCCUCCAUUUGACUCAUCUUCUGAUGAUGAUGAGACGGAACUUACUCUAGCUAUUGCCAUAGAAGAAUUAAAGAAUGAAGGAGCAUCAACAUCACGUCGUCAUUCAGUUCAACCUCGCAGGUUUAUCUGGCGUAAUCCUUUGCAAGGUCAUGAUAGGCUUUUCCAUGAUUAUUUUGCUGAAACACCAGUGUAUCCUCCUAAUGUAUUUCGAAGGAGGUUUCGAAUGAGUCGUUCUCUUUUUCUACGUAUCCAUUCAAGAGUUGAAGCUACUGAACCAUACUUUGUUCAAAAAAGAAAUGCGGCUAACACACUCGGGUUGUCUUCCCUUCAAAAGAUGACCGCUGCAAUCAGAAUGCUUACUUAUGGAGUGUCGGCUGAUUUCAUGGAUGAAUACAUAAGGAUUGGAGAAACCACUACAAUAAAAAGCUUAAAAAAAUUUGUUAAAGCGGUAGUUUCAAUCUUUUCUGAAGAGUACUUGAGGUCACCAAACAACAAUGACAUUGCAAGGUUAUUAGCAGUUGGCCAACAUCGUGGAUUUCCAGGAAUGCUAGGGAGCAUCGACUGCAUGCAUUGGAAAUGGAAGAAUUGUCCAAAGCGGUCUUCUGUAUUUUCUGAGCUUGCUGAAGGGCGUGCUCCUCCAGUUAAUUACUCGAUAAAUGGUAAUAACUAUUCGAUGGGGUACUAUCUUGCAGAUGGUAUAUAUCCAUCAUGGGCAACAUUUGUCAAAACAAUUCCAGCACCACAAGACCGUAAAAGACAACAUUUUGCUUCUGCACAAGAGGCGGUCAGGAAGGAUGUCGAACGUGCAUUUGGAGUACUUCAAGCGCGAUUUGCAAUUGUGCGUGGGCCUGCACGUUUUUUCCAUCUUGAAACGCUUAAGGACAUUAUGAUAGCAUGUAUAAUAUUGCAUAAUAUGAUCGUUGAAAAUGAACGACAUACUUACCUUGGAGCAAAUGACUUUGAUUAUGAUCAAAUCAACGAUAAUGGACCCGAACCGGUGUCACAUAAUCCCACUUGUAACCUUAUGCAGUUCAUUGAACGUCAUAAUUCCAUUAGAGAUAGAGGAAUUCAUUCUCAACUUCAAGCAGAUCUCGUUGAGCAUCUAUGGCAACUACAAGGCCAGUCGUAG